AUGGGCGACAACAGAGACGCAGAGCAUGGCAAUCACGCCCAGGAUGGGACGUACCCGGUCACCGAGUCGACAUCACUCCUCCCAAAGGCGAAUAGUGUACGAGAGGUUAAAAGCAAAAUCCUCGCCACGAAUUAUGCCGCCUUCGUAGCCGGGCUCAACGAUGCCGCUUUGGGCGUUCUGAUUCCCUACAUUCAACCAACCUAUGAUGUUGGCCUUCUGCAGGUCUCCAUGAUCUACCUGGUCAACUUCAUGGGCUGGCUUGUCGCCUGCUUCGCCAACAUCCAUGUGUGUUCAUACUUAGGAACUGGCGGUACCCUGGUCCUAGGUGCAUCAAUUCAAUGUUUUGGCUAUGCUUUGAUGUUUUGGAGCCCGCCUUUCCCGCUUUUCAUGGCGGCAUUCUUCUUCUCCGGCUGCGGUGUGGCGUUCCAAGACGCCCAGAUGAACACGUUCACUAUCACCGUCAAGGACGCCCACCGGUGGCUGGGUGUCUUGCAUGCUGUAUACGGCGUCGGGACUAUUGUUGGUCCAUUGAUCGCCAAUACCAUUGCCUCACAGAUGCCGGUUUGGCAUCACUAUUACCUUGUGACCAUGUUUCUCGCAGCACUAAACAUUGCGUCUCUGGCGUGGACCUUUAGAAAGGGACUUUUCCGUCCGAACGUGGGCAGUUCAAAAGAGACGGCUGGCAAAGAGCUGCGCGACACAGUAGCAAACUGGACUGUGUGGAUAUUCAACGGAUUCUUCUUUUUGUAUGUUGGUGCGGAGGUUACUGCUGGAGGCUGGCUCGUCCAGUUUCUCGUCUCGGUGAGAAAUGGCGAUCCCAAGAAGGUUGGCUAUAUCGCCUCGGGCUUCUGGACUGGCUUCACCCUAGGCCGGGUCGCUUUAGCAGACAUUACGCAUCGCCUGGGUGAGCGGCGGAUGGUGUUUGUUUAUACCACGUUAGCUCUGGCGAUGCAGUUGUUGUUCUGGCUGAUUCCAAACAUUACUGUCAAUGCAGUUACGGUGUGCUUCUUGGGAUUCUUUAUUGGCCCAUUCUACCCGGUUGGACUCUAUGUCCUAACCAAGGUUAUCCCAGAGGAGCUUCACGUUGGAGCCAUGGGCUUCACUGCAAGCAUUGGACAGGCUGGGUCGGCUGCCUUCCCUUUCAUGACAGGAGCCAUCGCCUCCCAGGCUGGAGUCCAGGUUCUGCAGCCCAUCAUGGUGGGGCUGCUCUUGGGAAUUGCCUUCUUCUGGACUUUGGUCCCUAGACAGAGACCGAUAACGCUUUGAGUAGAUGUGUCAGAUUGGCGCGAGACAUAAGAUGUGAAAUUCUCGCCCUAUUUAUCAAUAGAUUGUC